AUGGUGCGUUUCCUCUCUUCCCACAAGUCUCUCGUCACUGUUUUCUGGAUCGCCACUUUCGCUUCCCUAUUCAUCUGGCAAUUCGGCGGCCGAGGAGGCUCUCUCUACCGCCUAGGAGGCGGCCUCUCCGUUUUCUGGUGGUCAACAGCCGCCCUCUCUUCCGGCGGAUUUCCCCGGCUUAGACCCGUUGCCUUCAAUCUGACGGAUUUCGGCGCCGUGGGCGAUGGCGUCACGAUGAACACCGAGGCGUUCGAGAGAGCUAUCUUUGCGAUCUCAAAGCUUGGGAAGAAAGGAGGUGGGCAGCUUAAUGUGCCUCCCGGUAGGUGGCUCACGGCGCCGUUUAACCUCACCAGUUACAUGACGCUUUUCCUCGCCGAGAACGCUGAGAUUCUUGCUGCGCAGGAUGAAAAGUUAUGGCCCCUGCUUCCUCCUUUACCUUCAUACGGCUAUGGAAGAGAGCAUCCUGGACCACGCUAUGGAAGUUUCAUUCACGGACAGAAUCUCAAAGAUGUCGUCGUCACAGGGAAUAACGGUAGCAUCAACGGGCAAGGGCAAACUUGGUGGAAGAAGUACCGCCAAAAGCUGCUCAACCACACAAGAGGACCACUGGUUCAGAUAAUGUGGUCAAGUGACGUUGUUUUCGCCAACAUCACUUUGCGUGAUUCUCCGUUUUGGACACUUCACCCGUACGACUGCAAAAAUGUCACAAUCACAAAUAUGACCAUCUUGGCACCUGUGUUCGAAGCCCCAAACACUGAUGGUAUCGAUCCUGAUUCGUGCGAGGACAUGAUAAUCGAGAACUCGUACAUCAGCGUUGGGGAUGAUGGGAUUGCAAUAAAGAGCGGUUGGGACCAGUAUGGAACUACCUAUGGACGACCUUCAAAGAACAUACUCAUCCGCAACCUCACCAUCCGCUCCAUGGUUAGUGCUGGUAUAUCAAUAGGAAGCGAGAUGUCUGGUGGUGUAUCGAACAUCACGGUGGAGAACAUUCUGAUCUGGAGCUCACGGCGUGGAGUUAGGAUAAAAACGGCACCAGGAAGAGGCGGGUAUGUCCGCGAUAUAACAUUCCGGAAUGUCACGUUGGAUGAACUGAGAGUUGGCAUUGUGAUCAAAACCGACUACAACGAGCACCCGGAUGGUGGAUUCAACCCGCAAGCGUUCCCGGUCCUCGAGAACAUAAACUACACGGGGAUAUACGGUCAAGGGGUGCGCGUACCGGUGCGUAUCCAAGGGAGCAAAGAGAUUCCGGUUAAAAACGUGACCUUCAGGGACAUGUCAGUGGGGAUAACGUACAAGAAAAAGCACAUAUUCCAGUGCGCGUACGUGCAAGGACGUGUGAUAGGCACCAUCUUCCCGGCUCCAUGUGAGAACCUUGAUCGGUAUGACGAACAGGAACAGUUGGUGAAGCAGUCUGAUUCACAGAAUGCAACAGAUAUAGACUACGAGAUCUGA